UCACUACUCUUAUAUUUGGGUCACUUCAUCCGGCUGAGGUCUGGUACCAUGGGGACUCCAAAUGAUCAAGCAGUAUUGAGAGCCAUCUUCAGCCCAGACACGCCAUUUGGAGAUGUACCUGGGUGGGAACUUGGAGAAGAUCAAAUAGAAAAAAAUCAGGUGGAAGAUGAAGAUGACAUGUUCCCUGGGGACCUGCUGGAACAGACCAAGAACCUAGAGUUACAGGGGGUGACAGCAGCGGAGGCUGGGAACCUGAACACGGCUCUUGAGAGGUUCAGUCAGGCCAUCAACCUGCUGCCCGGCAGGGCCUCAGCCUAUAACAACCGAGCCCAGGCCCGAAGACUCCAGGGAGAUGUGGCAGGUGCGCUGGAGGACCUGGACCGUGCCAUCCUGCUGAGCCAGGGCAGAGGGCGGGCGGCGUGCCAGAGCUACGUGCAGCGGGGGCUCGUGGCCCGUCUGCAGGGAAGAGACCACGACGCCAGAAGCGAUUUCGAGCGAGCGGCCCGGCUGGGCAGCGCCUUCGCCCGCCGCCAGCUGGUCCUGCUCAACCCUUACGCGGCCCUGUGCAACCGGAUGCUGGCGGACAUGAUGAGAGGGCUGCAGGGCGCCGGGGAGCCCUGAGAACACCACCGGCCCAGAGGCGGCAGCGAGUAAUAAAGCGCCUCUGCCCCCGUC